AUGACGCCAGAAAAUCCCCGUAUCAUUGCCCUCUUCGAUGUGGAUGGAACUUUGACCAUCCCUCGUGGUGAAGUCACUCCUGAAAUGAUGACUUUCAUGAAGGAUUUGUCGAAGAAGAUCACUGUUGGAAUUGUUGGAGGCUCGGAUCUUCCAAAGCAAGAGGAGCAACUUGGAGAAGGAAUUGCCAAGGUUUUCCCCUACAACUUCAGUCAGAAUGGAUUGGUUGCAUACAAGAACGGGGAACUCCUUGAGAUCCAGACAAUUUCCAAGCACUUGGGAGAGGACAAUGUUAAGCGCAUUGCCAACUGGGUCAUGAAAUACUUGGCUGACAUUGAUUUGCCCGUAAAGCGUGGAACUUUCUUUGAAUUUAGAUCUGGAAUGUUCAACAUUUCACCCAUCGGACGAAACUGCUCCAGAGAGGAACGAAAUGACUACGAAAAGUUUGACUUGGCGAAUGAUGUUCGAAAGAAAAUGGUUGAAGCUAUGAAGAAAGAAUUUGCUGAUCUUGACUUGACUUACAGUAUUGGUGGACAAAUCUCGUUCGACUGCUUCCCUCAAGGAUGGGAUAAGACUUACUGCCUCAAAUUCUUACCUGAGGGAGACUUUGAUGAAGUCCACUUCUUUGGCGACAAAACAUUCGAAGGAGGCAAUGACUUUGAAAUCUUUACCCACGAGCGCACUAUUGGGCACACCGUUUGUUCACCCGAAGACACUAAGGACCAAUGCACCAAGUUGUUCUUGAAUUAA